UGCCUGAUCGCCGAGCUGGGGUCCCGUCAAGCGCUUCUCCAGGGCAGCCCCGUGGCGGUGGUCCCGUCAGGCGCAGCGCGGGCAGCCCCGGCGCGGGGGUCUUUAUCAGCGGGACCGGAACGAAGCAGCGGCCGCGAUGAACCUGGAGCUGCUCGAGUCUUUCGGCCAGAACUACCCCGAGGAGGCUGACGGGACGCUGGACUGCAUCAGCAUGGCGCUCACCUGCACCUUCAACCGGUGGGGGACGCUGCUGGCCGUGGGCUGCAACGACGGGCGUAUCGUCAUCUGGGAUUUCCUGACCAGGGGCAUCGCUAAGAUCAUCAGCGCCCACAUCCACCCUGUCUGCUCCCUCUGCUGGAGUCGAGAUGGUCACAAACUGGUGAGUGCAUCGACCGAUAACAUUGUGUCGCAGUGGGAUGUGCUCUCUGGAGACUGUGACCAGAGGUUUCGAUUUCCUUCGCCUAUCUUGAAAGUUCAGUACCACCCUCGAGACCAAAACAGAGUUUUGGUUUGUCCCAUGAAGUCAGCGCCAGUGAUGCUAACAUUGUCAGACUCCAAACACGUUGUCCUGCCUGUGGAUGAUGACUCUGAUCUCAAUGUCGUGGCCUCCUUUGACAGACGAGGGGAAUACAUUUAUACGGGCAAUGCCAAGGGGAAGAUCUUGGUCUUAAAAACAGAGACUCAGGAUCUUGUUGCAUCCUUCAGAGUGACAACUGGAACCAGUAACACUACAGCUAUUAAAUCGAUUGAGUUUGCGCGGAAGGGAAGCUGCUUUUUAAUAAACACAGCUGACCGGAUAAUCAGGGUGUACGAUGGCCGUGAAAUUCUGACUUGUGGACGGGAUGGGGAACCGGAACCCAUGCAGAAGCUGCAGGAUUUAGUGAACAGGACACCGUGGAAGAAGUGCUGCUUCUCUGGUGACGGUGAAUACAUAGUGGCAGGAUCAGCGCGACAGCAUGCCCUGUACAUAUGGGAGAAGAGUAUUGGAAACCUAGUGAAAAUCCUCCACGGCACCAGAGGAGAGCUGCUCUUGGAUGUAGCAUGGCAUCCAGUCCGACCGAUCAUAGCUUCUAUCUCGAGUGGUGUGGUGUCAAUAUGGGCUCAGAAUCAAGUGGAAAACUGGAGUGCCUUUGCGCCUGACUUCAAAGAGCUGGAUGAAAAUGUAGAAUAUGAAGAGAGGGAGUCAGAGUUUGACAUUGAAGACGAAGAUAAGAGUGAACCAGAACAGACAGGUGCCGAUGCUGCAGAAGAUGAAGAAGUGGAUGUAACCAGCGUGGAUCCCAUCGCAGCCUUCUGUAGCAGUGAUGAAGAACUGGAGGACUCCAAGGCUCUGCUUUACUUGCCCAUUGCUCCUGAAGUUGAAGAUCCAGAAGAAAACCCCUAUGGACCUCCGCCAGAUGCAGUUCAGAGUUCUUUAGCUGAUGAGGGUCUAGGCUCUGAGAAGAAGAGGCAGUCCUCCUCUGAUGGACCUCAGGCUCCGAAGAAGAAACCCAAAACCACCAACAUCGAACUACAAGGAGUACCUAAUGAUGAAGUCCAUCCGCUGCUGGGUGUGAAGGGAGAUGGUAAAUCCAAGAAGAAGCAAGCAGGCAGGCCUAAAGGAUCAAAAGGCUGGACUCAUGGCUCUGCUGGGACCUGCACGUUGAGGAGAGGAUUUGGGGCUCCCCAGGACAGCCGGUGGCACGGAUGGAGCAGCGCUGUGUGCCAGGUGAGGCAUGGCGAGGGGCACAGCUCUGGUGAUGGAUGAUGCUGCUGUGGUUUUGCUCUUGCACCAAUGCUGCUCUCCCACGCUGAUGGCAGCAGGACCUGCAGCUCCUCCUCGAUGGGUGGAUAUCGUGAGUCAGAAGCGGCUGCAACACGUGGACUCGGGGGGCUGUCAUUGCCACGAAGGCAAUGCUGGCUGGAGGCGUGUUGUGGGGACAUUGUGACCUGGUGUCCAGACAGGGCAGACUGAUGGCAUUUUUGUGAGCAGGAUGUCAGGGCUCGUACCAAAACUCCAUUUUUCCUUCUGCUUUUCUGUCUCUUACUGCAAGAUUACUUCAGGGGGAAUAGAAACAGCCUCAAAUCAUGUAAACAUGGCAACUGUCCUCUCGUAUCCCAUGCUUGUGCUCCUGUGGUUGAUAUCAGCUGUAGUAUGUGUGCAGGGCUCCAAGUAGCAACAAUCUGCAUCUCGGAGAGGGGCAGACUGUGUCCCUGGGCUUGGAUGCUGCUGGCAGAAUGGAUCCCUCUCCAGAACAUGGAUGAGGUUUUGGCUCAGACUGUUUUAGAAACAGGCUCAAGUUUGCAAGUUGGGAGUUGAACCCAAACUGCUUUUUCACCUGCCUUCUGAGAGCACUUGAUCUUGGGUUUGGCUCUUCUUUCUCGUUUCAUUUAUUUAUUAAGUGUUGGCCAUUAAUUUAAACGCUUUAUGAAGGUGUGUCUUCUGCAAAAGAAAAGGUGAAAGGGUGCUCUGCUCCAGGGAGGCUGUGCGCAUCCCAGAGACGGGAUGGUUGCCCCUGUGAUGCAGACUGACCCCUUUGAGCAGAGAGUGCCUGAUACUGGGCUGCCCUGGACAGGGAUGGCUAGGAAUGGCUGUGGGGUGACACUGGGGACAGGCAAACACAACCACCAGCGUGAUGCACACAGGCAGAGAUGAGUGGGCAAGAGCCCUCAGCACCAAUAGUCCUUGUGCAGGGUCUCCAUCCAUCUCCUGGUACUCAAAGGAUGCUCACUGGCUCAGAGGAAGCAUGGACAAGGGUGCAGCCUGGCCCUGACUGUUUGGGGAGGGGGUGACUGCGUUCUGGAGCUGCGGUGGCUUUGGUGGUUGGAGCAUGUGAGGGCUUUGCUCCCUGGGAUGCAGUAACUGCACGUGCAAACAUCUACUGAAUCUUUAUUAAAGGGAAAAAGAACCCCAAACAUUAAGCUCAUGAUGAGUUUUGAACUUAAUGAGAAUUUUCUUUGGGGUCCAAAACUCUAGGGGAUGAAAUACUAUAAGAAUUGCAACUUUACCUUGUAAUUAUUAAAUUUUACGUCAAGCCAAUACAAGGCUCCAAGUAACUUACACAGAGUUCACUGAGGCCUCUGCAGGCAUCUCCUUCCCUUUCUGGUUGCUUAAUGUGAUGGUAGGACUCCAACUGCGAGACGUUUUGGGUUUAGGGCAGGACUAGGUGGGCUGGGUCCAGCUCCUUCCCUCCUUGCUUGCCGAGGCACGUUGUGGGGUGCACAGUGCAGAGCUACAGGGUGAAAUGCUUUCCGUUUCCAAAUGGAUGCUAAGAGGUUUGAUCAGGAACAUGGUUGUUCGGGACAGAAAAACAGGCUUUAAUACAAAUGGCACGUAAUACAGAUAUGCAACACAGACAGCCCUGCUUCCAGUAAUGCCUGACCAACUUUCUUGAUGUUUGGAGGUGGUGUGUGGUAGCCAAGGGUCUUGUGGUCCCCACUAGUGCUUGGUCCACAAAGCAGUGGGGAUCUGGUGUGCUGGGGGUGAGUGGAGAUGUGCAGCUCUGGCAGCGGAGGCUUUUCCACAGCAGAUGCUGUAGUUUUUCUCUCCUCAUUUCCACCAGUGCUUGGAUGAGAGUUACACAAAUUCAAUGUUGUAAGGACAGCUGUAGACUGGGGAAGCGAUUAUCCCUGUGACCAAGGGCUGCGUUACAUCUGGCCUGGUUUGCUUAAAAAACAAAUACAGUUGCCAUGUGUCCUGGUAAUGGGCUGGGCGAUGCUCUCCUUAAACCGGAUCAGUGGUGACAGCAGUUGAAGUAGGCUUGUUGCGUUUACAUUGACAGUAACGGAGCAAAAUAUAUAGCUCCUGCCCUGCAUGACGGACAUGGAUGGAGGACCCUGGCAGAUGGGUUCCCGUGUGGUGGAGAGGGGACAUCCCUGUGCUGCCUUGGGGCAUCAGGAACACCCCUAUCUCUAAGGGGUCCCCUCCUGUUACACCAGCCUAACCCCUUCUUGGCUCGUGUGGUGCAUGGAACUCCUUUGCUGUUUGGUUUGCGCUCUCCGAUGUUCUCUGUGUGAUCCAGCAGGAUGUGCUGAGUGGGUCUGGGCUCUUCCCCGAAGCGCAGGAUAAGUUGUGCCAUUAGCAGCUUAAAGAAUGUGGCAAAGUCCAUCUCAACAAUCCAUAUUAGUAGAAGUAUUCUUGUUAGCAAUAUGUCUUCAUAGCAAACCAGCAUGAAAGCUAAAAGAAUAAUUGCAUUAAUCCUAUUGCAUUUAAUCCAUUAUGCUGAACAAAACCGUACUCCUUAGAAAAAGAAAUGAAAGAAAAAUCCAUCCUAACAUCGUUCGCCGUCCUUGAAACGGUCUGAAGAAAUCUGAUCUCUCUCAGUGAAGGUACCUUUGGUUUCAAAAGUGCAGGAAGUGGGAGAAUACACAUGGCGUUGGCCGCUAAGUACGGUCUAUUAUAAAACUCUACCUUCUACAAUGAUCCAUGCUGUCUCAGCUGGGAGAGCUGCCCAGGCAUCCUACUCCUACUGGUCUGGCGGAUCGAAGACCAUCGCGUUAGGGGCGCGGAAGCGGUGGGGGAAUAAUAUCAGUUUAUUAAACUUCAUGGGAAGUUUCAAGCUGUUGUAAGGCAUGUGAAGGAGCACUCCUAUCUGAGCCGCUUUGUUACAGUGUGUUAACGGGUUAACUUAAAUCAGGCGUUGUCUUGAUAUGUAGAUAAGACAGCAGAGGGGAGUCCCACGGUGCAGGCGCUCGCGAGUGGAAGGGUCUCGCUCAGGCUGAUUGAUGGAGGGGGGAAAGGCCACUGUCAGAAAUGAAGAGGAGGGUUCAGUGGGAAACACUGUCGGUCUGGCUCAUGGCCGGUGCCUGGGGGAUGUGUGGACCUCGGGUCCUGUACUCCUACCGUGUCUCUCCCCAUGGAUGCGCAGCCAUGAACCAUUCAAGCUGCUGAUCGGGAGCUGUGGUGCAGGCCAGCGGUGGUGGAUCCUCUGCCUGAUCCCGGCGGGUGCUUCUCAUCCUGACCAGGUGCCUUGGAGUUCUUAAAAACAAGUAAUUUCUUGUCCUCUCACGCUGUGUUAAUACUGGCUCUGCUUCUGCUCCCUCUUUGCUACAUGAGAUUUAUGGAGUUUCCUCUAAAAAGAAAGCAGGUAUGGCCUGGGGGCGGUUUUGCCCCAAAUCCCUACAAAACAAAGACUAAACCAAAAUGGUUUUCCUGCAGUUACCCAGGCAAGCAAUGCCGUUACCCUGGCCUUGGAGGCUGAGUGGCACCUGGCUGUCCUUUCACGAAUCCCACAAGCUCUUCUGCAAUCUCUCAUCCUCUGGAGAUGCUCUGGAACCCCACAGGGGGUGGGUGACCUCCCCGUGGGCUUUGCAGAGGGGGAUGGACUGCAGAGUCUCAGCACUGAUGUGUGUUACGGUGCCAAGGGAAGCCGAAGUGGACCUGCACUUCCCUGCAUAGCCGCUGCUUGAUUUUUUUGGGAAGGAGGUUGUGGCGCUGACUGGUUUGGGAGCGGCUGUGGGCAAGAUGCUGCCAUGAGGAUGGACAUCUCAGUAAUACAGCGCUGUGGUGUCAUUACCCAAAGAUCCACCACUUUUCUCCUUUCAUGCGUUUAUGUUGCUCUUACCACCUGCCCAGGCCCUG